AUGGACGUGCUGCCGACGCUGGGCAUCGAGAAGGCGAUCCUAACCGGGGACAUGGUGAGCGGCGAUUACUCGCCGAGCAGCACCAUCGACUUGGUGUUUGUCCACGAAACGGACCGUCCGUUCGGGCGGCGCGCGGACUUCUUCGCCUACCACAUAGGUUCGCAGGUCGGCAUGAGGGCACAGGUGUACACGCCGUCCGAAUUCGAAGAGUUGCAGGACACGCUGCCGGCGCUGGCCCAAGCCUGCAAACGGGGGAGAGCCGAGCAAGACCUUGACGACGCGGGUUUCAAUCGCGAGGGAGGGCGCUACAACGUCGCGUGCUUCCUCAGCCAACAGGCUGCGGAGAAGGCGGUCAAGGCCUAUUUGUACCGGCGCGGGGCGGAGGACGUUUGGGGCAACUCGUUGAUCGACCUUUGUGAAGACGCCAAGAUUUUCGAGAUGUUCUUCGACACCAUCAAAGCAGACGCGCGGCAACUGGACAAGUACUACGACAUCACCAGGUACCCGGAAUAUUUGCCCAGCGGAAUACCGUCGGAAGCCUUCGACGACGUGGACGCGGAACGGGCCAUGGAACUGGCCGGCAUCGUGCUGCAGUUCGUGUCCCCGCGAGUCAGUUGA